AUGGCCAGUGAAGACUCUUCCAAAGCAACUUCCAAAGCGACGAAAGAGAAUAAUGAAAAGUCUUCAGUAGAUCUCCCCAAAACAGAAGUUUCUAAGCAGGUGCCAAAAGAUGUUAAGGCCAGCACGUCUGCCUCAAAUGCCAAAGAGCAGGAAAAGUCUUCGGCAGCUGACCCAAAAACUGAUGUUUCCAAGCAGGUGCCAAAAGAUGUUAAGGCCAGUACUUCUACCUCAAAGUCUAAGGAGAAGAAAAAGUCUUCGGCAGCUGACCCCAAAACUGAUGUUUCCAAGCAGGUGUCAAAAGAUGUCAAGGCCAGUACUGCUACCUCAAAUUCUAAGGAAAGGAAAAAGUCUUCGGCAGCUGACCCAAAAACUGACGUUUCCAAGCAGGUGCCAAAAAAUGUGAAGGCCAGUACUUCUACCUCAAAGUCUAAGGAGAAGAAAAAUUCUUCGGCAGCUGACCCAAAAACUGAUGUUUCCAAGCAUGUGCCAAAAGAUGUCAAGGCCAGUACUUCUACCUCAAAUGUUAAGGAGAAGAAAAAGUCUUCGGCAGCUGACCCAAACACUGAUAAUUCUAAGCAGGUGUCACUCCAAAAAACUAGGAUGGACUCCGAGGAUUCAAUAUUUCGAUCAAGAUCAACUACUGAACCUACUAAAGUACUGACUACAGACCUACCACGAAAGGAAACGAAUGAUUUUGUUAAUGAUAUUCUGAUGGAUCGCAGUAAAAGGAAGGAGCAACAAGGCAUAAAAGAAAACACUGCUGUGCAGAUGGAAUCUUUUGACUUGCCUCUCCUUCCUGUUAGUUCUAAUCUCAAGCCGGGUUCCAUAAAUAAGUUUGUCCAAGAUAUGGAUUCAUCUAAUCGAAAGCGCAAAACACCCGAUAAUUUUGAUUUGGAUGAGGAUUUGUCCAGAAGGCUGCCAAAAUCUCGCUGUUUUGAUACAGAUGUGAAAGAAACCUCUCUUUCUAAAAAUGCUGAAGAUGCAGCUUGUGCUCCAUUCAAGCCCCCACCGACACUGCCUUGUUCCAUAAACCUUAAUUCUACAUUUAGUCCAUCCAAGCCUGCCACUGAGUCAGUAAUACCCCCAGCCUCUUAUUCUGGAGCUGCGGCUAAUGGAGCUUCUGGCUCCAGCCCUGUAACUGUGCCUGCCAUUGAGUCAGUAAUACCCCCAACAGACCCUCCUCUGGAUGGGGAAGCCUCUGGACCUGUGGUUAAUAAUGGAGCUUCUGGCUCCAGCCCUGUAACUGUGUCUACAGAUAAAUUCUGGUCUGAAAUAAACCAGAAAAAUAUUGUUAGGUUGAACAGACUUUUUGCCACUGAGGAUUUCUGUGAGGCACUCGGGCAAGAAGAAGUUACCCAAAACUGGCUCUUUAAUUCUAAUACAACAGGCUAUGAGGUGCAGACCCUACAAAAUGACAUGAAUGAGUUGAAAGAUAAAGUAAACCAGUUGAUUGAGGAUGUGCAUAAUAUGAAAGAAGACAUAAUCAAAACCAUUUUAGAUGCCCCGAAUGGAAUUUCAUUCAGAAGUAGCAACAGGCCUUCUAAUUCUGAUGAAUCAAGUCAAGAUAAAUGCAAAAAUGCUUCAUCCUCUACUGUGCAAAUGAUCUCUUUUGGAAACAAACAAAUAAGCAGCAAAGAGUUGUCAAAGAUUUUGCGGUUGGAAGAUACAGCCAGACACAAAAUAAGAUCACUGUUAGAAAAAUUAUACACAGAGUCGGAGCUGGCGGUCAUGUGGCUUGAGCAGGACAAGAGCAAAAGCCGUAAAAUUAUAGAGAGUGGUGUGGUUGCGGAAAUUACUCGCCAAAUGAACUCAAAAUCAAACAACAGACUUAUUAGAACUGGAGAGCCUGCACGAGGCUAUUCAUUUACUGUUACUGAUAUAAGGACAUACUUGUCUAAAGUUUUACACCAAACAAGAUCAAAAUGUAUUGGGAGUAAAGAUAAUAAAGUUACUAAUGAAGAGAGUUUAGGAGGAGGUCCUGACAAAGACAUAAAAGGGCAUGAAGAUAAAGACAUUGAUCGAAUUGAAGAUAGAGACCUAGAAGGGGAUGAGGACAAAGAAGGGAACGAAGAUAAGAUCAAAGGGGAUGACGAUAAGGUGAAAGAAAUGGAUGAAGAUAAGGACAAAGAAGACAAUGAAGUUAGCCUUGAAGAGUAUGCAAAUGAAGUUCGUUAUGAAGAUAAUGAAAGUGAAGCUAGUCAUGGAGAGAAUGAAAUUGGUCUUGAAGAGGGUGAAAAUGAAAAUAGCUUUGAUAGCUCAUCAAUUGAUGAGUGA